AUGUCUGCACGCACUGCCCCAGUUUCGCGCAUUGCAAUUGUCGGGGUUGGCCAGGUCGGCGGUGCGGUGGCCUACGCUCUGAUUCUCGGCUCCGUGGCGUCGGAGCUGCUUCUCGUUGAUGUCAAGGCCGAUCUUCGAGACUGCCAGGUCCGCGAUCUAUCUGAUGUCGUUUACAGUCACAACAGCAGCACCCGCGUACGAUCUGCAACCUACGAUGAAGCAGGGCAGUGUGAUAUCGUGGUCGUCACGGCGGGGUCGAAAUAUUCACCAGGCGAAACCAGCAUGCAGCAUAUGUAUCGGAAUAUCGGCAUUCUUCGAAACGCGGUGACGGGCAUGAAGCCAUUCAGUCCGAGUACCAUCCUCAUCGUCGUCGCAAACCCGGUCGAUCUGCUCUCCUCGCUGGCGCUGGAAUUAUCAGGGCUUCCGCCUUCCCAGGUCAUCGGCUCAGGCACCUUUCUGGACUCCGUACGACUUCGCGGACUGGUGGCGGAUAAAAUCGGCAUUGCCCCGAGCUCGAUAGAUCUAUACGUACUGGGUAUGCACGGUGAGCGCCAAGUGGCCGCCUGGUCCACCGCAACAGUCGACGGGUUCUCCAUCGACAAAGCCGUUCCGGCCGAGAGCUUGAACCGCAAUGCGCUGGCUGAUGAAUGCAAACACAAGUCCCAGAGUAUUUUCCGGGUCAAGGGGGCAACGCCGUACGGGAUUGGAGCGGUGGUGCUCAGUCUAUGCUCGUCCAUCCUGUUGGACAAGCAUGAGGUCCGCCCGGUUAGCCACUUCCAGCCGGAGUUCGGAUGCUUUUUCAGCUUGCCUGUGAUUCUUGGUCGAGGGGGGAUUAUCUCGACCAUUGCAUUGCCACUGGCGGUUGAUGAGAGGGCGAAGAUAGCGGAUUCGGCGGAGGUGUUGAGGGAUACGCUUGCGCGUAUCAGGGAGAAUCAGUAA